AAAUCAAAGCCCUAACUUCUUCUUCUUCGCUUUUCGUUCUCUGAUUCCGAUCUGAAGAGAGAUGGCUCGUACCAAGCAGACUGCUCGCAAGUCCACCGGAGGAAAGGCUCCAAGGAAGCAGCUUGCCACUAAGGCUGCAAGGAAAUCUGCACCCACAACUGGCAGCGUGAAGAAGCCCCAUCGUUAUCCUCUCGGUACUAUUUUAAACAAUGAAAUCCAUAAGUACCAAAAGAGUACCAAGCUUUUGAUCCACAAGUUGCCCUUCCAACAUCUUGUUCGUGAAAUCGCACAAGACUUCAAGGUUUGUUUAUAUCCUUCACCUCUAUUUGGUUGUCGAGAAAAUUGA